AAUGGUGAAACUAUCUAGAUAGUUAGCUAGCUAUUCUAGUCUGAGAGAAUGCCAACGAAUACGUUUUGAGCCUGUAACGCGUUAUCUAACGUUAGCUACUAUGGCUAGCUAUGCUAACGUUAACUAGCUUGUUAUCUAAGCUAGCUAGCUAGAAGUUGUGGUAACUUGACCAGGCUUUCAAUGAAAUGAACUCGCUAAAUUGACAUGUUAUGCAUUAUUACCGCAGCCAAAUAACGCUAGCUGAUUCUUAAUCUCGGUUACCCAGAAGUAAAAUUCUCUCGCGAAAGUUUAUUUUACUGUUUCAUCUGUCCACGACAAUAUGUUCAUGAGAGAUUAGUUAGUUCUUUGUUUACGGAAGUGGUGAAUCCAGAACCCAAACGGAGUCAGGGUCUGUUCGGGCAAUGACACAUUGCUGAAGAGAUAAUGGAGCCAACAGACCAUGCCACAGAAGCUGACCCCCUGAAGAGGGAGGAGGAUGGGGUUGAGGGUGGUGGAACGGCACCACCAGUACAGACCAAGAAGAAGAGUUUGGGUCUGGCCAAGUUGUCCCACUGGAGGACGGCUGCCUUCUUCCUCUCCCUCUUCCUCUGCCUCAUCAUCGUCUUCGCCUUCUCUUUCAUAAUCCCCUGUCCCGUCCGUCCGCAAUACCUCACCUUCUGGAACCGUACCUUCCCCCAAGCAGCCACCUAUGAUUUCCUGGCCAUUGAGGAUGCAAGCAAAGACAAAGUGUUGGACGUGUUGUUUGUCCUGAAGGCCCAGGAGGGCAGUCAGAACAUUAGUUGUUUUGCGGAAGGUCUGGACACACCUUGUGUGUUUGUGUCGGCGGUAGCAGGGACCAACGGGGAGACUCUGUGGGAGCGGCCCUUGGCCCCUGAGUUCCACUGGGCCCAGUGUGGCCUGGACGGCCUUGGAGAAACCGACAGGGGCUGCCUGCUGUCCCACUCCAACCAGCUCACUGCCAUCGACAAAUACACUGGAGUCGUGACGUGGGCGCGGCUCCAGCCUCCCAACCUGAGGAGUACCUUACCGGUCCUCAGUGUCUCAGACCUGGAUGGGGACGGGGUAAGCGACGUGGCUCUGGUGGCGCCCAGCCCAACGCAGACACAACUGGCGAUCCUCUCAGGGAAGACCGGUGUCCAGAUUGGCUCAGAGGUGGUUCUUGACACCGCUGAGUGUGCCAUGCAUCUCCUCCACUCCACAGGGAAAGGCUCCAACUAUGUACUGCUGCAGAAAGACUCGGGGUUGUAUGGCCUGGCCCUGUGGAGGAUUGCAGCCCAGGCUAAGGCAGGCAUGGAAAAAGGCCUCAAGAAGGACAAGCACUGGGAGCGCAAAGCCAAUGACUCCUCUGGCCUUGUAUCAAUCUAUGAGUCUGGGUCAUUGAGAUACGUGUUAAGGACAGGGAAGGCAGAGGGUCGCUCCAACCUGCUACUGGUCACUGGGGGUAGUGUGGUGCUGAUAGAUGGCGACAGUCUGAACUUACUGUGGAGAGUCAACACCAGCACAGUCCUCAGCGAGCCUUCCUUUGGCCACUUCAACAAAGAUGGCACACUCGACAUAGUGAUCGAGGAGGACAUUGGCAACCGCAUUAAAAGGGUGGUGAUCCUGGACGGAAACACUGGAGGCACAGUGUGGGAGGUUAACCUACUGGCCAGCCCCAACUCACCCAAGCCAGCCUCAGUCAACACCAUCAACUCCUUCUCUGUGUUCAUGUUCUGGGGGCUGAUGCCUUCCGAGGCCAACGCUACAAGGGAUUUGAGUGAGGAGCGGCGCUCCUACAUGCUGUAUCCCCACUACUCCACAGUUCUCCUGGAGAAGAGCAACGUCAUGGACCACAUCAUCGCAUUUAAAGCCAUCCUGUUGGAGUGGGGGCGCCACGCCUGCUACAUCAUGUUGACGGGACCCGAGGGGGAGGGGGCCGAGGGGACGGUGGACCUUAGCAAGCGCAAACUGAAACAGGAUGUCACCGACAGCCGGGUCCUCCGCCUGGGCUCCAUAAGCAGCAAAGACACUAACGAGGAGAUCAAAGAGGCCUUCCAGAGACUGCGUUUCAGCGAUGAGUGACAGGCCACUGUUACCAUGACAACAUUGCUACUGAUAUCGAAACUGUGUUACAAUAGAUAUGACAACCGUUACUGCUGACAAUCAACCAACUGUGUAGCUAUGGUUACCUUAAAGCUGACUACUAAACCUUCUUCUGCUGACCUUGUAUUCCGACUGUCCCAUCAUGACAAUCAGAUUAAUUUAGCUCAGUUUUCUUAGCGUGGAAAUAGGCAAGGUAGAGGCAGACUUGGCUUUGGGUCUAUGCAACCAAUAACUGCCCUAAUCACAGAAGACUGCCAGGGAAUACCAACCAGGCAAUAUGGUAUUAUGAGGUACUGUGUCUGAAUUCAUUUAUGCACAACUAGUAGGCUACCGUGUGGGAUAGUUUUUAGAAACCUUUGCUGUAGCAACUUCAGCCUCUGUAAAGGUGGCUAAAGUGACUAAGUGAUUGUUAUGCAACAAAAAUAGGCACUAAAAGCCCCAAAGAGCUGCAUGGGCAAAUCUGUGGUUAGUGGAAACAUCUUAAGGGUACUGCUUCCAUAUAAAAUUACAAGUCAUAGCCUUAUAUUGUAGCCAGUUGUACUGUGGCAGAUGACAAUCAGAUGAAACUAGUAGCAGGUACAGUACUAUUCCAAGUUGGUGUAAAUUAGGGUCUUUUUAAAUGCACAUUGACAGAGCUGUAAGCCCUGUAUGAGGGACUCAAGCCUUGAAAGUUGAAGUUUAUAGUUUGCCUUAUACAUGAAUAUAUUGAACCUUCUUUUUGAGAUGGUUUUUCCUUCUCAUUUUAGUUAUCUAUUAAUUUCAAAAAACAUUUUUCAGAUCUGCGCUAGCCGACACCUGCAUAGCUGUUGUUUUUGCUGUGUUGGAGGAGGAGCUUCGGUCUCUAUUCAAUCUGUAUCACAGAAGUUCAGCUUUGCAGCGUGAUUGAAAUGUAAAGGCAUUGUUCGCGCUUUAGCGGAAACUGCAUUCACGGUAAAAGCUACAUGUCCGCUCAAUCGGAAAUGACCUUUAUAUUUCUAUCGCUAAAUCUGCAACCAGAAAUAACUAUUGAUUUUCUGGGUCAUUAAAAUAGCUAAACUUAGAUAUGUUUUUGUUUGUUUAAUAAAUUAGACCAUGCCCAUUUAAAGCUUAUCUUUCAAAAAAAAAGUUACAUCAGAAUAUUUAGCCAAGUUAGCUGGCUAACUCAUUGAUCCUAUUUUGUAGUAUAACCCCCCCAGCUCUCGAAGUCUCUGACUUGAGUCACAACUUGCUGUGUGGUUGCGUAUCAGCCAGACUAGGUGGAACUGCAUGAUCUGUCAAAUCCGCAAGCUGCUCCAAGCAUAACUGGUGCCACGUUCAAAACAACUGGGAACUCUACAACUUCAGUGCAUUCAAAACAACUGAACUCGUAAAAAAAAAAGCUCAGACUGGGGGGAAAUCGAUUUGAAUGGUCAUCCAGCUCGGAAUUCCAACUCGGGAACUCUUGCCUCAUUCUAGAGCUCCGACUUUCCGACCUAAAGAUCACUGAAGUCAUGAUUUGACCUCUUAUUUUUCCAAGUUCCCAGUUGUUUUGAACGCAGCAUGGGAACUCUGGAAAAAUACGAGGUCAAAAUCAUGUCUGCAGUGGUGGAAAAGGUGCUCAAUUGUCAUACUUGAGUAAAAGUUAAGAUGCCUUAAUAGAAAAUGACUAGUAAAAAAGAGUCACCCAGUAAAAUACUACUUGAGUAAAAGUAUCUGGUUUUAAAUGUACAGUAGUUGAAAAUAACUCAAUUGUCAUAAAAAGCAAAAGUUGUACAUCAAAUUUUUUAUAUUAAGCAAACCCGAUAUCACAAUUUUCUUAUUUUAAAUUAUGUACAAACAGGGGAACACUCCAACACUCAUAGUUUACAAACGCAGCAUUUGUGUUUGAGUUCGCCAGAUCAGAGGCAGUAGGGAUGACAAUGCGUUAUAUUGAUAGGUGCUUGAAUUGGACCAUAAUGCUGUCCAGCAUGAGCAUUCUCAAUGUAAAGAGUAGGCUACUUUUGGGUGUCUGAGAAAAUGUAUGAGUAAAAACAAAGUACAUAUUUUCUUUAGGAAUGUAGUGAAGUAGAAGAUGUCAAAAAUAUAAAUAGUAAAGUACAGAGCCCCAAAAAAGGACUUAUGUAGAACUUCAAAGUAUUUUUUUAAUUGGUUACUUUACACCACUGGACGUCGGUGAUCUUCAGGUCGUAAAAAGUCAAACCUCUAGAAAGGGGCCCGAGUUGAAAUUCAGAGUUGGAUGAGUCGGUCACAUCUCACUAGGGCCAGCUUUAUUACUUAAUGGGCGCAUUCGAUUGGAUCACUUUUGUCAAGACGUUGACCAACGCCUUUCAAAGUGUGUUGCAUUAUGGGUAUAAAAAUGGUCAAACUUGUGACUACAACAACCAUGUGAUUAAACGUCAUGCACUUUCGACUGCAGUCGACUGUAAAUAGAACCAAAGCUUUGUGGGAGACAACCUUUUUCUGUUUUCUUGGAAGCAAAAGGCACUACAUGCUCAAAUGGUUGAUGUGGCCACCUAUCAUUGGUUAUUAUCAAUGCAUGUUUACUUUUCUGGGUGGAUGACUUUAGCAUUUAAAUACAUUUUUUAUCCUUACAAUUGAAUUACAUAGGCAUAUGAUCCAAAUUUCUAGCAUAAAUAAAUUAAAUAUCCUACUCGUGACAAUAUACCUAAUGUAUUUAUCUAGAUGUUACGUCCCUAUGUUAUAGCCUUCAAUUUGUCUUGUCUGCAAUAUUGCUUUCACCAAACAAAUGUAAAUGUCUGGAUCGUCUAUUAAUAAAAUGGAAUACACUGAACAAAAAUAUAAACGCGCAACAUGUAAAGUGUUGAUCCCAUGUUACAUGAGCUGAAAUAAAAAAUCUCACAUUUUCCAUACA